UAUGUUAUAUUAAUGGGUUGGACACAUGUUACCCUUGAGUAGUAGUUUCCCUCCAUCCCAGUUUAUUUGCUAUAUAAUCCUCGAUCACCUACUUUUCAUAUCAAACUGAACCAAAUUCACAACCAACCUAGGAGAAGUCUCUGAUCACGCAAGAAACUGCUCAUGCUCAAUAAAGUAAACAGAAACAAUUAAAGUUAUUAAAGCCACACCUUAAUUAAUUAGUUAAUUACCAUAUAAAUAACACUUGCAACGAACAAAACCCACUCUUAGCAUCUUUCAAACCAGAAAGAAAAAAGAUGGAACCAACAAGAAACCAUGAUCAUCAUCACGGUGGUGACCAUCACUUUAUUUUCCGUUCCAAGCUGCCCGACAUUUACAUCCCAACCCACCUCCCUCUCCACACUUACUGCUUUCAGAAUCUCUCCCACUUCAAGGACCGUCCUUGCCUCAUCAACGCCACCACCGGCGUUACUUUCACCUACGCCGCCGUCGAACUAACCGCCAGAAAAGUCGCCGCCGGACUCAACAACCUAGGUGUUCGUCAAGGCGACGUCAUCCUCCUCCUCCUCCAGAACUGCCACCAGUUUGUCUUCGCCUUCCUUGGCGCCUCCUACCGUGGUGCCAUCGUCACCACCGCCAACCCCUUCUACACCCCCGCCGAGGUCGCCAAGCAGGCCACCGCCUCCGCUGCUAAGCUCAUAAUAACUCAGUCGUCGUUCGUGGACAAGGUAAAGGAUCUGGCCAGGGACAAACACAUCAAGGUCGUGUGCAUCGACGCGCCGCCGCAGGGGUGCCUUGACUUCUCGGAGCUAACAGAGGCGGAUGAGGGCGACAUCCCUGCCGUGAAAAUCUUCCCGGAUGAUGUAGUUGCGCUGCCGUAUUCGUCCGGCACGACGGGGCUCCCAAAAGGGGUGAUGCUAACACACAAAGGGUUAGUGACGAGCGUGGCUCAGCAGGUGGACGGAGAGAACCCCAAUCUGUACAUUCAGCACGAUGAUGUGGUGGUUUGCGUGCUUCCACUGUUCCACAUUUACUCGCUGAAUUCGGUUCUGCUGUGCGGGCUUCGAGUAGGGGCUGCAAUAGUGAUAAUGCACAAGUUUGAGGUGGUGGGGCUGCUUCAAGUGGUUGAGAAGCACAGGGUGAGCGUUGCGCCAUUAGUGCCUCCGAUUGUUCUUGCGAUAGUAAAGAGCCGGGAGGUGACACGCUACGACUUAUCGUCCAUUCGGAUGGUGAUGUCCGGUGCGGCCCCAUUGGGUAAGGACCUUCACGAUGCUUUUAGGGCCAUGCUUCCUAAUAAAAAGUGCAUGCAGGGUUAUGGGAUGACGGAAGCAGGUCCAGUGCUUUCGAUGUGUUUAGCGUUUGCAAAGGAACCUUUUGAGGUGAAAUCAUCAGGUGCGUGCGGGACCGUCGUAAGAAACGCAGAGAUGAAGAUUGUGGAUCCUCUCACGGCUGCUUCCCUCCCCAGAAAUCAUGCCGGUGAGAUUUGCAUCAGAGGCAACCAGAUUAUGAAAGGUUACUUAAACGACCCUAAGGCGACAGAAGAUACCAUAGACAAAGAGGGAUGGUUGCACACGGGUGAUAUAGGAUAUAUGGACGACAACGAUGAGCUAUUCAUCGUUGACCGCUUAAAGGAGUUGAUCAAAUACAAAGGAUUUCAAGUGGCUCCCGCUGAGCUCGAAGCUAUGUUGAUUUCUCACCCUAACAUUUCCGAUGCAGCUGUUAUAGCCAUGAAAGAUGAGGCAGCAGGAGAGGUUCCUGUUGCAUUUGUUGUAAGAUCAAACGCGUCUAAGAUAUCGGAGGAUGAAAUCAAGCUAUAUAUCUCAAAGCAGGUUGUGUUUUACAAGAGAAUCAACAAAGUUUUCUUUGUGGAUUCAAUCCCAAAGGCACCGUCAGGUAAGAUUUUACGAAAACACCUCAGAGCAAGGCUUGCAUCUGGCCUUGAAAUUUAGUCCUAAUUAGAAAGUUUUAUGAUACGGCCCAAACUACUUGUGCAUAUUGGAGGCCAAUCCAUUUUCUUUUUCUUUGUCACUAGCCAGGGUGGCCCACUAUUACAAAAGACACCGAACAAUCGUUUUUGGGUUUUCUUUUUUAUCUCGAGUCUGUAAUAUAAAUCUUCCAAAAACUAUUUGAUUUUGUGUCCCUGUAAU